GCAUGCCUCCACGUACCUCCACGGUCCUGUCUCGCUACUACUACAUCCUCUCAAGCUACCCUUUCCCCACUGCUCUAACGCCGCCAGCAGUACAUCCCGAUCUACUUGAAUCCCACUCGGAGCUCCCUGAAAAUCGGAUAAUAUCUCGUCGAUAUGCCCGCGACCGUGCCCGCAAGUGCACACGCUCUCCGGGGGGCCCGGUGCAUAGUACCGUUCAGCGCCCGCUCGCUGAGGCAGCCAGCGACGAACGGUCUGCGCUGCCUGUCGAUCAGUCAUCGCUCGAAUGCCUGCGCUUCUCUCUCGCGUUCUAUUCAAGCACAAGUGCAUCACCCAUCCGCUUUCAGAGCCCCUCUCAACGGGCGCCGCGCAGCAUUCAGCAGCAGCGCACCCGCUCGCCGUGCUGAGGAUGAAACGUCUGUGCCGCGCGAUGAUAUACCGAAGGUAGAGAACCCGACACCGGAGCAGACCCUCGAUAUCUUCGAGGGCCUGGCGCGUACCCAGUACGAGGGACGAAUCCAGCACCUGUACGAAACGCCGAGCGAGUAUUGCGCGGCGAUCAUCAACAACAUGAAUGUCAUGGGGCAUUUUCUUUUAACGGUGGACAGAGAUGAGCUCCGCUCAAGCACCAACGUCGCACCCGACUCGGCGAUUGCCCGGGGUCGCGCUGCCCUCAUGCUCACCGCGCGCACUACACAUCGCUGGAUGCAGGAGGCGUACCCGCCGCACGCGCCGCCGUCGGACGAAGACGUCGCGGAGGCGAUGAUAUACUUCGCGAUGAACGACCACCUCAUGGACAUUUACGAGGCAGGCGGCCCGGAGCCCGUCCCGCAGUGGCAGGACAUUUGCGAUUUCAUACUGCUGGCGCACUCCCAUGCGAUCCCAGCCCUGAAGAGGAUCGCAGGCCCAAUGCCGGAGAAUCUGGUGGUUUUUGAAGAAAAAAUGAAGGAGAGAACUUAGAUGCGCUGCUGAGGUUGUUUUGUCAAGGAUGUAGUACGCGGAUAGUAGACCUGUUUGAUGUGGUGCACGUGUGAAAGUUCGCGAACAAGUCCUCUUGAAUUGUACAAUCGACGCCAUUAGAAUCUAGAUAUACGAACCACUAGUAAUAUGUCGACAAGUCCUCGAGCGAACAUCGAAGCACACAUCACAUCGAUCUA